AUGUCCGCCCUUAACACAAGUUAUCAAGUGUUCAAUAAAAGAUGGAAGUCCUUCCUGGUCAUUGCUGAUCGACUCUCUGGGUGGCCUGUCCUCGUACCUUGCAAAGGUGACACUACCGCCCUCAACACCAUCAGGUUCUUCUGCCGCUACUUCCGAGAAGUUGGUGUUCCUCUCCGUCUACAGACCGACGGAGGACCACAAUUCACCAGCAAGGAGUUCCGGAAUUUCGUGAAGCGGUCGGGAGUUUUUCAUGUGGUUACUUCGCCACAUCCACAGUCGAAUGGUCAUGCUGAGGCUGCUGUGAGGUCGUUGGAACACCUUAUCCUCAAGACCGCACCCUUAGGCAACACUGACUGUGAAGACUUUGACCGGGGUCUCUUGGGACUCCGGAACACUCCUAACACUACAGGUCGCUCCCCAGCCCAGAUCCUGUAUGGUCACCCACUUAGGCCAUGUGUCCCCGCUCAUCCUCAGUCCUUUUUGACGGACUGGCAAGCAAAGACUGAGGACUGUGACCGCCGCGCAGCCGCCCGUGCUGAGACACAUGAUGUUCGACAUAAAAAUUUUCAAAGUGAUUCCUCUUUGCUUGGCUUUUCUAUGGAGAUUCUUCCUUGGUGCGACAAGUAUGAACAAGUGGUUCGACCACGUCAAUUAAGAGGAUGUGCGUAA